AUGCCGAAAUCUCCGUCAGAUGAAUCGACUCUAGACGGAGAACCACUGCCAAAACGGACCCGUUUGGUCGAGUUUGAGCCUAUUCGGUUGUGUUCUAUUGGUUCAGCGGUAAGAAUUAUUGAUUGUCUGUCUUUUGGUGCUUAAUUAUUGGUAAAAUAGGUUUAUCCUUUUUACACUAACGCCUCUAAAUCAAACUUAUACAGAAACCGUUGUUUUAAAGAAGCUUGUUUUGUCUAUUUUGAAAAGAUUAAGCUCUUUAAGGUUUAAUAGUUUAAUUUUAGUCGGAAAUCGAAGGACGGAUAUUGCCGGCACGUUUAUUCAAAGCUUUGGAACGAUGUCGACAAAAAGAUCGUCAACGAAGAGAGUUGGAAGCCAGAAUCGAAGCAAUUGAGAGUCAACGGCAAGAAGAAGAUGAAAUGGUCUGCGUUGUCAAUUCUUAUUGGAGCAAGGUAAUUAUUUCUUUUAUUUUUAAUGUUUAGGCUAUUUAUUUUGAAUUGAGACGACAAUCAUUGGGAAACCUUCAAAAUAUUUACGUUCCUGAGUAUUUUUUACUGUUUGAAAGCCCAAAAUUUAGUUUUGAACCAAUUUCAGUUUGACGAAGAAGUGGCCACAUUUUUACAACGUUUUGAUUCAGAAGAUACUGCUGAACUCAAGGAUCCAGUAUUUGAAGGACUUUUGACUGCAUUUAAACGCUCUACCUCAGAAGAACUUAACGAAACUUUAGCUAAACGGAUAGAAUCGUCAGCACGAGCAUUCUCAAAGCUUGUGGCAGCUAUAUCAAGUCUUUCAAGUAAACGCCGGAAGAUUAUUAAGCUUCUGAAACGUAAAGAACCUUCACCAUCGUCUUCUAAUGGCUCGUCGCCUAAAGAAGAGGAGAAUUUGAAUGAUUUUGUUAGAGCAGAAGCUUUAGGAUUGAUGCAAGAGAAUGCUAGGCUUGAGAAGAUAGCUGUGGAUCUGCAGGUAAGAUAAUAUACGGCUAAAGCUUUAUACAAAGCAUUUAAAAAAGAUAUUGUGCUUAAUUUUAAUAUUUAUAGGCAGAACGUUCGCAGCUCAAGAAGAAACUUAGUAAACAUGACGACAAAAUGGAAGUCAUGGAAAAUCGUCUUGAAGCUUUACAAAACGAGAACAAAGACUUACGAUUUGAGUUGGAAAAAGGUCAAGAUCGUGAAGAAAAGCUGGAAUAUCGUAUUGUAGAGCUCAGCAGAUAUCAAAAACACGCUGAAAAAGCUCCAUGUCAGGCCAAAGAAAAGGAAACAAGUCAAGAGCCGGUUGAUAUUUCUGAUGAAAAACUUCGAGAAAUGCAAAUGGAGCUUGACGAAAAUACAGAAUUGGCGGCCACGAGGCUAGCGGAGAUUGAAGAACUAAACAAAAGAAACAAGAACUUGGCAUCUGAAGUGGAGGAUAUGAAGCAUAAAGUGGCACAUUUAUCUUCACAACAGGUCAAAGCUGCGCCAGACUAUCAGAUCCUUCAAGUCAAGUGCAACAAUCUGAUGAACGAAUGUAAAGAACUGCACAAUGGAAACGAGCUUUUGAAGAAACAUAUUGAUGAAUUGGUAAAAGCACAAGCUGCUCAGAUUAACAAGGUUGAAGAAAUACAUCAACGUGACCUCAGGAACAUACGGGUUGAGUCGAGGAAGAUAAAUGAAGAACUAGGACAAAUGAGGGUGGAUUAUAACAAUUUGAGCAAUGAGUAUAAGAUGGUCAUGGCUGAUAAGGAAACAAAGUGUAAGGUUUUUUAAAAUUGUUUUUUUGUUUUUAGGUAUAACGGGCUAAAAGCUAUAGGCCAAAACUUUGAUGUUUCCUGAAUUAGAAUCAUUAAUUUUAGUGCCAAAUUACAAUGAAAUGGUUCACAUAAUUGAUGGUUUGCACAAACAAAACGCUGGAAUUCAAAAACAACUCAAAUUGGCCAACAAGUCUCUCGGAGAAACACAAAAUGAGCUGCAUAGUAUUCGGGAUGAAUGUGAGAAAAGGGAAAAGAUGUUGGAAAACAGUUUCAUUAUUAAUCUCGACGAGAUCAUUGAUCCAUGUCCAGAUGAGAAGAUUCUUCCAAUGUCGGCCAUAUUUGCCUGCCUCAAGAGUUUUGAAAAUUUGGUGAUACCUAAUGUUAGGCCUGAGAACUCAAGUCCAAAAGUUAAGGUGAAUGGAACGGACAGCAAGAAUGAAGCAAAAUCAGCUGUACAAAAUCCUCAAUCCAUUCCAAAACCAGUACCAAAGCCCGAAUUUAUGGCCAAAUCUGAAGGUUCAUCGCCAAAGUCCAGGCCAGAAGAAGUUAGAGUGAAAGAAGAGGCAAAUGGAAGUGGUAAUAGCUCACCAAUCAAAAAUGAGAAGGUUUUGAAUGGGAUUCGACCAAAGCUUGAGGAAGAUACUUUCCCUGAGAAGAACAAUAACGUGAAUGAUGAAGUGGUACAACUGGUUGAGUCUAUUAAAGAAAAAGAUCAGAAAAUUGAGUGAGUAACUGUUGUUUGUUAAAAUUUUGGGGUAUAAUGUAGUUUAGAUUGCAAUUUUCAUAUUUUUUCUAAUAAACUGUGUUUUUCAGGGAUCUCCAAACGGAAGUUGCUCUGACAAAGGAAAAGUUGUCACUUCUAACCAAUCCUCAGCCUCUGGAAAUGGAUAAAGUUGAGUUAAAAGCAGAAAUUGAAGUCCUGAAAAAGCGAUGUGAAUUAUUGUCGGAAUAUGUACGAAGGUUCCAUCGAUUGGAGCGGAAAGAAAGAGGAAAAUACUUCCACGAUGACUUCAGGAGACGAGUACGAACGGUAGAAGCGAGGAUGGAGCGCUACAGGAAGGAAGUGUAUUCUGGAAGGGCGCAAUGCGAAGCAUUGAUGGCUGAACUUGAAAGCACGGUGGCGGUUUACGAGGAUCAGCUGGAACAGGUAAAUCUUUGGUUGAUUUGGUUUAGUUGUAAAAACUAUAAUUUUUCCGAGUUUUUAUGAUUCUGGGAUUGAUUUCGUUUUUAGAUAUGUUGUUUAAAAAUUAUCUAAAGAUUUAAAAUAUAGAAUGAUAUGUUUCAGAAUAAACGCAUGGGCGCCCAACUCAACGAAAAAGACGAAACGAUACUUCAAUUAACGGGGGAACGGCUUAAAUGUGCUACAAAUGAAAUCAAAUCGAACAAUGAGAAGCAGGUAUUGUUGACAGAAACAGCUUGCCUGAAGAAACAGACCGAAGACGCGAUGGAGUUGUGUAAAGCGCUAGAACAACACAAGAAGGCACAGGACGAACGGCUGGGUCUGUUGGAGGAUGAUCUCAAGUACGUUAUGGUUUUUGUUUUACUGGGAAGGAGCAUAGGCGUUACUGCAAUUUUAAGCAUUUGGCUUGCUCGACGAUAGCUUUAAAAAGUUGUUAAUAAAAAUAUUAUUUCAGAGUAAAAUCUCAAGCAUUCGAAUCACAAAAACGAAAAACCCUGGAAGCAGUGCAACAGUACGAGGAUCUAAAAAUCCAGGCCGAAAAGAGUACUGAAGAAGUGGGCCAAUUAAAGAAACGUCUAACAGAAAAAGCAGGAACAAUGGAAGAGUCAUCAAGUCGAAUUCUACGAUUGAAAGAAGACAAAGCGUCUUUGAAACGGAAGCUGGAUCAGUACAAGAAGAUGAAAAAGUCGGGCAACAUGGACGAAGUGCUAAUUGAGGAGAACAGGGUGCUUAGGGUAGGUUAUUCUUUGAUUUGUUAACGUACUGAAAGAGGAUGAAAGUUCUUAUGUCUUAUCGGCAUCUAUUUCGGCAGUUUCUUAUUAAUUCUGUCAUUUUUUAGGAACAACUCAACUGUCCAUCGUGUAAAACUCACGAAAAGGACACCGUGCUGACCAAGUGCUUCCACGUCUUCUGCAACAAAUGCAUCCGCACCCGGUACGACCAACGUCGUCGGAAGUGCCCCAAAUGUAAUGCGAAUUUCGGUGCAAACGACUUUCAUAGAAUCUACAUUAGCUGA